GAAUCCGGUCUUUCCUCUUCCCCGCGAUCCAAGCAAUCCCCUCAAUCUCUAACCUCUUCUCUUUGCUGCCCCCAAUAAUCCAAUCAGAUUUCUCUGUCUCUGCCUAAGAACAUGGGCAAAUUGUGGACCUUGGUCACCCACCUUCAUUCGCUCGCCGGGCCGGUGGUGACUUUGUUGUACCCCUUGUAUGCGUCCGUGGUGGCCAUAGAGUCGCCGUCGAAGCUGGACGAUCAGCAGUGGCUAUCUUACUGGAUCUUAUACUCCUUCCUCACCCUCACAGAAAUGCUUCUGCAAUCAAUUCUAGAGUGGAUUCCGAUAUGGUACGAUGUGAAGUUGGUGGCGGUGGCGUGGCUGGUGCUGCCGCAGUUCAACGGCGCGGCCUUCCUGUACGAGAGAUUCGUGAGGCAGCAAAUCAGGAGAUACGUGACGCAGAGCCAUCAUCAGCACCAGCAGGCUUCUUCUUCUUCUUCGUCCAUAGCGACACAGAAGAAACAGAAGUCGCCUACUAACGUAAAAGGGAAGAAAAAGUUCGUGGAUUUCAUCCUCCCCAAGAAAGGUGAUCAUGACGUGUAUUGAAGGAUUAAUGAAGACGAAGGCGGAAAUUGCGAGUCUCGUCGUCUUGCUUUCACUUUCCCACCACAUACCUGUUUUUGGAUGUUUCUUCCUAAAG